CCCCGCCCGCCCGCGGCGGGGGCCGAGAGGCUUCUUGCCGGCGGCGCGAGCGCCGGCCUGCGCAGCGCUUUCGGGCCCGGUCGGGAGCAUGGGGCUGAGGAUGGAGAGCGGUAGCGGGCGGAGCCAAGAUACACAACUAGAGGAUAAGAACUAGUCAACCAAGGAUAAGCAACCAGAGCAGCUUAAAUUAGAUGACCCAUUAUAACACCUAUAGCACCUCUUCAGCCACUGCUGAGCAAGUAGGGGAUGUUGAGGAUGACUGCAGCAAAUGAAUACCCAGCUCUUACCAUUCCUAGAUGUGGUCCAGCAAGUCCAUUUAAAGGACAACUAAGUACUAAAAGCAAUGCUUUCUGCAUCGACUCCUCUCAAAGUCUAACUAAUCAAUACCUGAUCAGAGACCACAUGGUGUUUCAUUAUAACAAAAUCCUUUCCGCCAAAGCAGCUGUAGACUGUUCAGUGCCCAAAAGUAGGUUGUCCAGCAUCAAAUUUGCUGACCAGCAAAGAAGAGAGAAACUGAAAAAGAAGAUAGCCAGGUGUGAAGAGGAAAUGAGUGUGGGUAAAACUGCCUCCCGAACCAGUUCAAGAGAGAGCGGAAGGCUGCUGGUAUCCCCUUUUGGAAAGAGUUUCUUGGAAACAGAAGACAAAGACUGUCUCUUCCCCUGUGCUUGGCAGGCACAAUACCUAUCGAGAGCGCCGUCUCCUUACAGUGCGCAUGGCUUGGCUCACUCCAGUCCAGUAACAUACGCCAGAAAAGGUUCUCGGAAUACAUCUAACUCAAGUGUCAGUACAUCACGUACACCAAGAAAACGCUCUGGACUUUCGUGCAAUUGUUCCUCUGAUAGUUCUGUGAGCACUAGUCGUUCCCAGAGGCGUCAAGGAAGCAACUCUAAAGCACGCAGUGGGGAUCUUCUAGAGAGGCACUCUGAAUUCUUUACUCAUAGCCGAAAACCUUUUACCCCACACAUCUUAAUAUCAGAUGCUAAAUCUUUCUUGUCAGGGUACAGGUAUUACAAUCCUGCUCAAAGGAAAAGGAAAACUAAAAACCAGUGCAAGCAACAUGUGGAAGCUCAAACACAGACUGAUCUGAUCAGCUUUCCAUCUGCAGAAAAAGCGUUUGAGAGAGAAGUUAUGGCUGAGCAGCAGAAGAGCAUGUUGAAGGCUGAAGAUAGAAGAUACACUGUGCAUGAGCCUCAGAGAAGAAUAGCUGCUUUUCCAUACUCCUUCCUCAGAGAGACACCGUUGUAUUCUCAGCAGUCUUCUGCAAGGAGGACCAUUGAGGCUGAAGAAGAGUUUUUAUAUUUAGCUUUCAUUGAAGAAGUAACAAAUGAAGUUCUUAGCCUUGGGCUAUUUUCUAACAGAAUUCUGGAAAAACUGUUUGAGUGUUUCAUAGAAGAAAAUAAGAACCGUUUGGAUGAGAGCAAAAUGCGCCAUUUGUUGAAUGUACUGAAAGCAGACCUUGGCUGCAGUCCGGGCAGCGAUGCGGAGCACAUCCACACAGGCUGGGAAGCCUUGGACUCGCUUGAUCUGCGAGAGUUCGAUACAGUGGAAGAGCUUGAAGUUAUCAGUAGAAGUCAGAGACAAGAAAAAGCUACAAAAAGUUAUGAAUUCUUUGGGACCAUGGACUUAUUAAAGGAACCAGAAAAAUGUGAAUCACCAACAUUCAGGGAAAGUUCAAAGGAUACGCAGAGCAAGAAUGACUUUUCAGAAGAUCUCACUGAAAUGAUGGAUGCUGGGGCAGUGUCUGGUUCUUAUGUGAAAUCUGAAGAAGAUGGAGACAUUUUACCCUUAUGUGAGGCAACUUUAAACUUGAUUACUUGUGACAGUGGUUUGGAAGCCAAUGAGGAAAUUGAUGAUCUUGAGGAAAGUUUUGCAAAGGCCCUUCAGAUCUCACGAGACUAUACAUAAUAGUAGCCAAAACUUAGCUGUUAAAUAGGGAUAGAGCUAGUUCUGUGGAGAACUGCCAUUUGGUAAAUAGUAGUAAAUUAUUAGGUUUCAUUUUAGUUUAUUCCUGUUUAAAUACUGCGGAAAUCUCUCUAGCAGGAUACUGUUAAUUGGGCAUUAAUCUAGCUCCCUAUUAAUGUAGACUCUAAAGGGUAAAAUGUCAGUUGUCAAACAACUUUUGUCCAUUUUGUCUAUAAUUUUAUAACUAAGAAUUAACUUUUAAGAAUAUUAAAAUUAGAUGUAUAUUUUUAGAAAGUUGUAUUAGUUAUGAAAUAUUUAUUGGUUUUUAUUUAUAAUAAAUAAAUUUAUUGCUAGUA